AUGAGUCUCUGGGUUGAUAAACAUAGACCAAGAGACUUGAUGAAACUGGAUUUUCAUAAGGAUCAGGCUGUACGGUCAAAGAGUCUCGUCCAACAAAGCGAUUUUCCACAUCUUCUGGUUUACGGCCCUUCUGGUGCCGGAAAGAAAACUAGAAUCAUGUGUUUGCUGAGAGAAUUAUAUGGUUCGGGGGUAGAAAGAUUAAGACAAGAAACUAUGACUUUUACUACCCCGUCUAAUAAGAAAGUAGAAAUCAUGACCGUAAGUAGCAAUUAUCAUAUUGAGGUAAACCCAACAGAUGUGGGGAUCUACGAUCGUGUUGUGAUUAUGGAUUUAGUCAAAAAUGUAGCCCAAACGCAUCAGAUAGAUUCAUCUGGACAAAAGGAAUUCAAAGUUGUUAUAUUGAAUGAAGUAGACGACUUGACCAAAGAUGCACAACACGCUUUGCGACGAACCAUGGAGAAAUAUGUAGCUACUUGUCGACUUAUUCUGAUUGCUAAUUCAAUUUCACGAGUCAUUCCUGCCAUAAGAUCUCGUUGUUUGACCAUUAGAGUGCCUGCACCAACAGAAAAUGAAAUUGCUUCAGUCCUGCAGUUAGUUUGUAAAAAAGAAUGUUUAAAUUUACCUCCAGAGCUGGCCUUGCGUAUAGCUAAAGCUGCAGAUCGUAAUUUAAGAAGAGCAUUGCUCAUGUGCGAAGCGUGUAAAGUACAGCAGUACCCGUUCACACCAGACCAAAAAAUACCAGAACCAGACUGGCAACAAUUUAUUAGAGAAACUGCUAAUAUGAUAUUGUCAGAGCAGUCUCCAAAGAAAUUAAGUGAAGUAAGACAAAAAUUGUAUGAGUUAAUUAUACAUGGAGUGCCACCAGAUAUGAUAUUUUCUGGCCUGCUAAAAGAAUUGGUUAGAAACUGUGAUAUGGCUAUGAAAUGCCAAGUUGCUAGUCACGCUGCCAGCUAUGAGCAUAGAAUGAGAUUAGGUAACAAACCUAUCUUCCACCUUGAAGCGUUUGUUGCUAAAUUUAUGUCUAUUUAUAAAAAGUUUGUUGAAGAAUCUUUAGGUGAUGCAUUUUGA